AUGAUGAAGAGAGGGUCGUGCCAUGUGCAGGAGUGCAAAUACUGCCACAUGAACCACGAUCUGCCAGUGACGAAGCUCAACCAAAGGCAGCGGUACGUCCUGCAGCGGCUCGCCAUGAAGGACAAGAUGGACUUGCUACUCGCAGCUCUUCGUGCAGGCUUGCAUCGUGACGGUCUCACCGAUCAGGCUGGUAGUUUGCUCUAUCAGCUGGAAGUAGAAGCUUCGAUGCAUCCAGCCCCCGAGGGCCCACGGACGCAUAAGAGGCAGAUGCACGACUUGCGCAAGGCUCUCAUGCGCAUGACCCUAAACGAUAACAUCAAGGCCUUCGAAGAUGCUCUUCCAGAGCAGGUUCUUCAGUCCUUCCAGGACUUGCGGCAAACGUUUUCAAGAUCAUGUGAUGUCUCGGUUCCGAUGUCUUCAAAACCGGAGCAAUCCUUGAAGGAAGCUCUUGCUUUGUUUCCGAUCCAUGCUCCAGUGCAAAUAUGGCACCUCUGA